ACUUAACGCAGUUACAAUGGGCAAGAUUAUCUUCUAUGAAGACAGGAACUUCCAGGGUCGUCACUAUGAGUGCAGUACUGACUGCCCCGAGAUGCAAAACUACUUCAGCCGUUGUAACUCGAUAAGAGUUGAGAGCGGUUGCUGGGUGGCCUACGAAAAGCCAAAUUAUGGCGGCUACCAGUACAUGCUGCACAAGGGAGAGUACCCCGACUACCAGCGCUGGGCAGGCUUCAAUGACUGUAUCCGCUCCUGUCGUAUGGUGCCUCCUUAUAAUGGGAACUACAGGAUGAAGAUCUUCGAGCGAUCUGACUUUGGCGGUCAAAACAUGGAGCUAAUGGAAGACUGCCCAGACCUGAACGAGCGUUUCCACACCCGUGAUAUCUCCUCCGUCAAUGUCAUGGAGGGCUACUGGAUGCUGCACGAACACCCCAACUAUAGGGGACGCCAGUACUUCUUGCGUCCUGGAGAAUACAGGAGGCACAGCGAGUGGGGAAGCGCCAGUCCCACCAUUGGCUCUCUGAGACGUGUCACUGAGCUCAACUGAUUCCCAUUACUUUUAUUUUUAACCCUUAUUUAAUCCCAUCAUUAAGAAUACCACCCUCUUGUUCCCUUAAUGGCUGUAUUGUUUCAGUGUGGUCUCAACACUGUGAUGUUCAAACCUGAAAUCAUACAUUUUAAUGAUGCGGGUUUGGAUGCGUCGGAUGUUGGGGUUCCCGUUUUAUUGCUUUGCAUUGUUGGGUAAAAUUACUACCCAACUUAGUGCUCAAGCAAUGCUUUGGUCGUUCCAUAGCAGAAUGUUUUGCCUCGCCGGUCCCUAACCUCCUGUCCUCCUGGAAUCACAAUAAAUGAAAACUUGAUGAAAGUCAA